AUGGCUUCAGGAAUCAACGAGAAUUCAGAUGAUCAAUCGGAGAUGGCGGCUAGCCCUGAUAGGCCGCGCGGUCCAUUGCCAGUUGUAGGUCAUAGUGGUGGUUUGUGGUUAAUGUGGCAAGAUGACAUUGAUGCAGAAGUUAUUUCGAGUUCUAAAAACUUAAUUCAUCUUAAGAUAAAUCAGUCGGGUCCUUUUGCUGCUUGGAAUCUAUUAUGUAUUUAUGGGCCACCUAAGAGAACAGAUAAAGCUCAAUUCUGGAGAAGUCUAUCUGUAUAUUCACAACAUGUUCUCGGUCCUAAAUGUUUCAUUGGUGAUUUCAAUGCAAUCUCUUCAGUUAGAGAAAAAUAUGGGGGUGAUCAGUCUCUAAAUGCUGCUAUUUCUCAGUUUAACAAAUUCAUCCAUGAGAAUCAUCUAUUGGAUUUAGGGUUUUCUGGUCCAGCUUACACAUGGUGUAAUGGUAGGCAGUAUCAAAGUCUAAUAAGGGAAAGAUUGGACAGGGUUAUUGCAACUCCAGAUUGGUGCCUCAUGUUUGAACAUUCAGGUGUUUUGCAUUUGUCGAGAAUCUCUAGUGAUCAUUCUCUCAUUCUUCUUAACACCUGUAGAACUGUUGCUAGAAGACCUCCUUCUUACAGAUUUGAAGCGUACUGGGUUACACAUCCAGAUUUUCUCAAAAUGGUACUGGAAAGUUGGAACUUAAAUCUUUAUGAUGAUCUUAUAUCUAAACUUGCAUCUCUGGGUAAUUUUCUCAAAAGCUGGAGCAGAGACAAAAUUGGUUGUAUAAAGAAUAUAAUUAGAAAUCUAAAGAAGAAAUUACUGAAACUUCAAUCUCUAUCUCCAACUGCUGUUAUUAUUCGACAAGAGAAGAUAUUUCAGCUCAAUUGA